GGCUGUUUUCGCUUCCGCCGUUUGACACGCUGCAAUUAGGUAUCGACUGGCAUCGCGUACGUACGUAUACUUAUUGUCGUGUCCGUUACGCGUGUAUCGCGUUUCCUACUUUUGAAGAAUCGUGUAUGUACCGUCAUUAAGUGACUUCAGCGCCAAGGCAACCAGCUUUCGCCACGCGUCCCAGAAUUCCACCGUGACAUACGUUGACAACACGGUAAAAAUGGCAGAUUCUGCGCCCAGUAAGGUCGACAUCGAGGAGAUCUUUAAGAGAUUGCGGGCCAUCCCGACGAACAAGGCAUGUUUUGACUGUAACGCGAAAAAUCCAGCAUGGGCCAGCGUGACAUACGGAGUCUUCUUGUGCAUCGAUUGUUCAGCGGUGCAUCGUGGUCUGGGGGUACAUUUGACAUUCGUCAGAUCCACGCAACUUGAUACGAACUGGACAUGGCUGCAGCUCAGGAACAUGCAGCUGGGUGGUAAUGCCAAUGCUAGAAAAUUCUUUGCACAACACAAUUGUCUCACGACCGAUGCUCAGCAAAAGUACAAUUCACGUGCAGCUUCGCUGUACCGGGACAAAUUAGCACAGGCCUCUGCACAAGCGAUGCGUCGUUACGGCAGAAAGGUGUCUCUUCCUACGUCAAAAAAUAAAACAAUGUUGCACUUGGAUGAAGGCACGGAAGCGGCAUCGGAGGAGACAAGCGAGCUAGAUUUCUUCAAGCAACACGAGACUUCGGGUUCGCACGAGAACGAGGCGACAAUUCCAAUAGAGGAAAAGGCAUAUCUCACACCCAACGCAGUGCCAAACAAUGAUAGUGUGGAGAAAAGUGCGUCAGAAACUGCUAAUUGUUCGGAGCCUUCCGUAAAGCUUUUCGAAUCUACCUCAAAUAUACAGGCUGAAAGGAAGCCCACUAUAGGUGGCAGGACAGUGCAAUCCAAGCGUCCCGGUGGUUUAGGAAAGAAAACCGGGAGCUUGGGCGCUCAGAGGGUCAAGACCAACUUUGAUGAGUUGGAGAGAAGCGUCGCGGAGGCGUAUAAACAGGCACAAGAGAAGAAUAAAGAGAUCACAAAAGAGGAGCAGGAGGAUCUUGCCACGCGUCUGUCUCAGCGGUACGAACAGAAUCUGAGUCAGCAGGCGAAGAAGAUAGAAGAGAGGGCAAAGCACAUGGAUCCACUGAAGGCUACACAGGCGGAGCGACUUGGAAUGGGAUUCAGUGCACGAAGUGGCGCGAGUCACUCCGCGCUCGGCGACAUGAAGACGAUAACGCAAGAGACGAGGCAAGACAAGAUUAUAACAUCACCGGAACCGGUAUCGGCAGAGGCGGAUGUUUUCUUCAGCUUGGAUGAGUUUUAUUCAGUUUACGCCAACAGCAAGCCUUCUCGCGGUGAGGAGAUUGUGGUUGUGGCGGAACCGGAGCCGCCUAAACGACUAGCUCCCUCGCUCCGAACCGCAAACACGAGGAAUGAUGUGAAAACCUCGGCCGCUGCCGAGGGGGAGGCUCAGAAAAAGUUUGGCAGCGCCAAAGCCAUCAGUUCAGAGCAAUAUUUUCAAGACAGUACUUCCGAUAAUGCGUGGGAACGUAAAAACAACUUACGUCGCUUCGAAGGCUCGUCUAGCAUCUCGUCGAGCGAUUAUUUUGGCACUGACAACUCGACGCCAACCUCGCCCACGUCUCUGUUAUCUACGCGCUUGAGCGCUGGAAGAGCUGGCGUCGUAGAUCUGGACGACGUACGAGAGAGCGUACGUCAAGGUAUGAACAAGGUUGCUGGGAGACUUAGUUCACUUGCGAACGCGGCGGUCUCUUCUAUACAGGAUCGUUACGGACUCUAAUUAAAUGGAAUGGAAUCUAUUGCAUUUUAUGAAGAAUUGUUACAGCAUUAUCCCGGACCCCGAUCUUGUCCAUUGUUCAAGAUUGUAAAUAAAAGCUUAUAAUUGAGC